UUUGGAGUAAUUUAGAACACAAUUUAGUCAGCUACCGAAAGCCAAAUAGUAAACAUCGUUUAAUUUACUAACAUUUCGCGCUCGGCAUUCACAUUAGCCUCCCUAUUUUAUAAAUAUACAAUUCAUUAUCCGAAACCCACUUGGUCGGGAUUACCGCUGAAGAGCUGGACGUGUGGUAGCGUAGGGGACACGGACGUCGGGCCUGACACACACGCACGCUGCAAAAAAUAAUGGAAUCGUGAAUAAAAAUCGUAAGGAGUGAAGGAAGUGUGUGGCGAAACAAUUCGGGAGAAUACGAGCAUAAUGGAUAUAAAUUAUAUGCGUUCACUUGAUGUCUAUUAGUAAACAUGUUCACAAGUUAGUAAACAUUCGGUUGUUAUUCGUCUCUUUUAAUAAAUACAAAUUUAAUCUUUGACUCGUUCGACGUGAAACAACAGAGAUAUUAGCAGAAGCACGACGAGCGAUUGUGAAAAGUUCCUUCGUGUUUUGUUUUACAAUAAAUUAUUAUUUACUGAUCGACCGACAAACAACAUUCGGGAAAUGUGUAAAUAACGUCGCUGAUACCACAUUUUCCUGAAAAGUUCAAUGAGUUCAAAGAAAAGUGCCAAUUGAUAAAAAGUUGUUGUUUAUAAAAUAUACGUUUGGUGAUAACACACCACCUCCACGAAGCGCAGGCACUCGGGGCUACGUGAGCGGAAAACCAAGCCAUCGUGGACUAUUACUGCAGGAGGACUUUCGCGGUUGAUUCUUAAUGCUGACAGCAUCCCAACAUUCGGAGAUGACGCCUCCUGAAGGAGGACAGUUGACUUAUACAGAUUCGAAAUGGCCUUUGGGUUUAUUAGCCAUACCAAAAAUCAAACAGGAGCCAUAUCCCCUUGGACAUUUGGUGUACGAUAACGUGAAAACAUCCCAACACACAUCUGUGAUAGAGAGAGUACCCGAGACGCAUAGCUCGCCGAAACCUUCAAUUCCCUCGAUUAAAACAGAAGACAUACAAAGUUUAGUUUUGAAUGAACGUCCGAAUACAAAUAGUUCAAAUGCCAAUUCGGUGUCAUCUGAAAGGAGUUCAACGACAAAACCACCUUACAGCUACGUAGCGUUAAUAGCAAUGGCAAUACAGAAUUCACCGAUGAAACGGGCGACACUAAGUGAAAUCUAUUCUUUCAUAACAUCGCGGUUCCCAUAUUUCGAAAAGAACAAAAAAGGCUGGCAAAAUUCAAUCCGACAUAAUCUAAGUUUGAAUGAAUGCUUCCAGAAAGUACCUCGAGAAGGUGGUGGAGAAAGAAAAGGAAACUAUUGGACAUUAGAUACCCAAUAUGAGGAUAUGUUUGAAAAUGGCAACUACAGAAGGCGGAGGAGAAUGAAGAGGCCUUACAGGACUGCGGGCCAUUUUUCGAAAAUGUUCAGCGAACCGUAUGGCAACCCAACAAACUUCCCCUCGCGGCCCACGUUAUUUACUCAGAAUCCUUAUCAAACAUAUCCAAGAUAUGACGCAGGGGCCCAUUGGAUGCCACCCAAUUAUCCUUCAUGUUCGACGCGGUCAGCGUAUUCGUAUAGCAAUCCAUUGCAGCAACCCGUUCAAACCGUGCCUUUGAACACGUACCCAAGCAUCCCCAACAACAUAGCGAUAUCCACAAUUUCUGGAAGGCCGUCAUCACCGUGUUCAAGACAUUACGAUAGUGCGCCAUAUCCAUACUGGGAUCCAUCAUUGUCGCUUUCCAUGAUGAAGGAUGAUUUAUCAUUACAAGUGAGUGUAAACUCUUCGCAACAGGAUUAUUCGGCAAACACGAAAGAGUAUCUCCAGCAGCAACAGUAGUUCCAAGGUUAUUGUUAUUCUAUAAGGGAAGGAAGUAUUUAUUUGAAUGGUCCUAGAAAGUUUUUAACAUUACGAAGGUAACUUCGCGGCUCAAAAUAUUUAAAUUUAACUUAAGUACAUUAUUGGAAAAAAAUCAUUUAACUAGUUUAAGUACAAUCCGAAGCAUGUAAAAUAUUUAUUAUAUCCGUCCAAGUUCAUUGAUAAAGAAAAGCAAAUGUAAUAAAAAGUUACACGUA